UUCGCUUUGUCGGUUAGUGUAUUGAUUAUACUCGCGAGCAUCUGAACGUACCUACCUGAAACUCCAACUCGAAUUUCGGGCUGCGUAAUAUUUUUUUUAUUAUUUUUCUUCGACGUAGCUGGUACGUACGUACGUAAAAAUAUACCAUAAGCAAAUACAUUCGAGUACUCUGCUGCGAGUUUUUCGUAAUCGUACCGCGUACAAAUAUCGUAAUAAUUAUUAUUAUACCCUCCUCAUCGGUACCACUUCUAGAAACGGUUUUUCAAUUACCUAAAUUACAUAUUUGUUAAAAGAUAUCCGCCGCGUAUAAAUAAGCUCGAGUAAUAGUCGUAAAUUUUUUUGCCAAAUUUUUAUCACUUUCUCGAAAUUUUCUCCAUAUUGUUUCGCGUUUGACCAGCGAACAGCGAUACGCCAGCCACCGUUACAGCUAUCAUUACCAGUACCAGUACCAGCAAUUACGACUAGGAAUAGCACUACCUACCGACACAAGAACCUAGCAAACUUUCCGCUUCAUUCGAUCAACGUUCUGCUACAGUGCAAAUAGCGACGCAACCGUCGUCGUAGUCCUACAGACAACAAACGAUACUAAUCAUGCCAGCUUUAGUUCCGGACGUAGACAUACACCCAGCUGAUGUGGAAUCCAAUAGAUCGGCAUCAUGGCUCAAUCAAGACGAUGUGGUCAUCUCAGGAAUGUCGGGCAGAUUACCGGAGAGCGAUUCGGUCGAGGAGUUCGAAAAGAACUUGUACGAAGGAGUCGAUAUGGUUACAGAUGACGAAAGACGUUGGCCAGCAGGAUUAUUCGGUCUACCCUUAAGAACCGGUAAAUUAAAAGAUAUCAAACAUUUCGACGCUUCGUUCUUCGGCGUACACGCCAAACAAGCCGAAGUAAUGGAUCCACAACUGCGUCUGCUCUUGGAAGCGACCUACGAAGCUAUCGUCGACGCAGGAGUAAAUCCUUCCGCCAUCAGAGGCUCGAAUACCGGUGUUUUCAUCGGAUGCUCGACCAGUGAAUCCGAAGACUUCUACAAUCGCGAAGCGAAUCGCGUCAACGGUUACGGUUUAACUGGAUGUUGCAGAGCCAUGUUUCCGAAUCGUGUUUCGUACACUUUCGAUUUUAAAGGACCCAGUUACGCUAUAGACACGGCUUGCUCCAGUAGUUUAUUCGGUCUGCAGCAAGCUUUGGUUGCCAUCAGAACAGGACAAUGUGACGCUGCCAUUGUCGGAGGAUGUAAUUUAUUACUAAAACCAACCAGUUCGUUGCAAUUUCACAAACUUAGUAUGUUAUCGCCCCAAGGAAUGUGCAAAGCUUUCGACGCAUCAGGAAACGGAUACGUACGAAGUGAAGCCGUCGUCGCGAUAUAUCUGCAAAAAUCCAGCGACGCUAAAAGAGUAUACGCUACGGUCGUAAACGCCAAAACGAACACGGAUGGCGCCAAAGAACAAGGUAUCACAUUUCCAUCGGGAGCGUGCCAAAAGAAUCUGAUUCAGCAAGUAUACGCCGAAGCUAACGUGAACCCAGCUGACGUAGCCUACGUCGAAGCGCACGGUACCGGUACCAAAGUUGGAGAUCCCCAAGAAGUUAACUCGAUCGUAGAUGUAUUUUGUAAAGGACGUAGCUCGCCAUUGUUGAUUGGUUCAGUCAAAUCCAACAUGGGUCAUUCCGAACCCGCUUCCGGUCUGUGUUCGAUGGUGAAAAUUUUAAUCGGUUUGGAAAAAGGACUGAUACCACCCAAUUUACAUUUCCAAAGCCCCAACAAAGACAUUCCCGGCCUGAAUGACGGACGCUUACAAGUUGUAAACAAACCAUGGCCCUUCAAUGGAGGUUACGUAGCAUUGAACUCGUUCGGUUUCGGAGGAGCAAAUGCUCACGUUUUACUCAAAUCCAAUCCUAAACCCAAAGAAUCACCGAUCCAAGAUGAAAUUCCUAGACUUGUUUGCGUUUCGGGCAGAACUGAAAGCGCUGUAAACAGCAUGUUGGACAAGGUUAUAAAUUCAUCUCGCGACGACGAUUUGAUCGCUUUAAUACACAGUAUUCACAAUCAAAACAUUCCCGGACAUUCGUACAGAGGAUUCACAGUUUUGAAUAACAGUCCACCCAAAGAGAUCUCCUCCUACAACGAAGAAGUUCGCCCCAUUUGGUACGUAUUCUCCGGAAUGGGAAGCCAAUGGGCUGGCAUGGCCAAAGAUUUACUGAAAUUGCCACAAUUCGAUCAAAGCAUCCGCAAAGCUGCCCAAGUCUUGCAAGCUGAAGGCUUCGAUUUGUACAACGUUUUGAAAUCCGAAGACGAAUCGACCUUCGAUAACGUUCUAAAUUCGUUCGUCUCCAUCACCGUCAUGCAGGUCGCUUUGGUCGAUUUAUUGAAAACAAUCGGAAUCGAACCAGAUGGUAUUGUUGGACACUCAGUCGGUGAAUUGGGAUGCGCCUACGCUGACGGUACUUUCACCAGCGAACAAGCUAUCUUGGCUACUUUCUGGAGAGGACGCAGUAUUAUGGAAUCGCAAUUGCCCAAGGGAGCCAUGGCCGCUAUUGGAUUAUCGUGGGAAGAAACACAGAAACGUGUACCGAAAGAUAUCGUAGCAGCUUGCCACAACAGCACGGACAGCGUGACCAUUUCCGGACCUCCUGAAUCUAUUUCGAAAUUCGUUCAACAACUUCAAAAAGAAGACGUAUUCGCCAAAGAAGUAAAAAGUUCCGGUUUCGCUUUCCAUUCCAAAUAUAUCGCUGAUGCUGGACCAAAAUUGAGGAAGCAUUUAGAAAGGAUCAUCCCAAGUCCGAAACCACGUUCCUCCAAAUGGAUCAGUAGCUCGGUACCAGAAUCUGGCUGGAGUACACCAUUGGCUCAAUUGUCGUCGGCCGCUUACCACGUCAGCAAUCUUCUGUCUCCUGUUCUAUUCCACGAAGCUUUACAACAUGUUCCCGAAAAUGCCAUCGUUAUUGAAAUCGCACCUCACGCUUUAUUGCAAGCUAUUCUGAAACGUGCUCUUGGUUCAAACGCCACUGUUUUAGGAUUGGUUAAAAGACUGCACCCCAAUAAUUUAGAAUUCCUGUUGAGCAACUUGGGAAAAUGCUUCAAUGCCGGCGGACAGCCUAAAUUGAGUAAUCUUUUCCACCCGAUCAAAUUCCCAGUUUCCAGAGGUACACCUAUGAUUCAGUCUAUGGUCGAAUGGGAUCAUUCCAUCGAAUGGGGUGUUGCUGACUUCUCUGAUAUGGGAAGCAACAAAACCGGAGAAUCGAUCAUUGAAAUAGAUACAAGCAAAGAAGAACAAGCUUUCUUCCUUGGACACACCAUCGACGGAAGAGUUCUGUUCCCAGCUACCGGAUAUUUGACCUUAGUAUGGCAGACUUUCGCCAACUUACACGGUAAACCCUAUGAAGAAUUCCCAGUUCUCAUUGAAAAUGCUCAAUUUUUAAGAGCCACUAUAAUGCCAAAAGAAGGUACGGUUAAAUUCGCUGUAAACAUUUUCGACGGCACUGGUGAAUUUGAAAUCUGCGAAUCCGGCUCAGUAGCCGUUAAAGGUAUCAUCAGAGUACCGGAGGACGUGAACAAAGAGACCUUGAGUCUACCCGAACCUUAUGUACCGGAAGGUCUGUCUCUAAACUCACCAGACAUUUACAAAGAAUUGAGUCUACGUGGUUACGACUACUCCGGAAUCUUCCGAGGAAUCAAAACUUCUGACAAUUAUGGCGUUAGUGGAAAAUUGGAAUUCAACGGAAAUUACGUCAGCUUUAUGGACACCAUGUUACAGUUUGGAAUACUCGGAAUCAACACUCGCGAGUUGUAUUUACCAACAAGACUGCAAAGAAUAUUAAUCAAUCCGCUUAAACAGAAGGAAAUCGCCGAAUCAUUAUCGCAAGAAGAAGGAGUUGCCGUAUACAACUACAACGAUAUCGGAGUUGUGACUUGCGGAGGUGUCGAAAUGAGAGGUUUGAAAGCUUCAUUGGCUCCUCGCCGACAACAACAACAAGCUCCGCCAAAACUUGAAAAAUUCGUAUUUGUUCCAUUUGAAAGUGGAAAGGACAAUAUCAACUUCGGACUGCAGCAAGCCCUCAUCAACGCCGUUCAAUUGGUAAUUGAAAACAAUCCGGGAGCAUCUAAGUUGAAGGUAGUUGAAGCUGGUGGCGACAACCCACCAGAACUCUUAUACGCCAACAAAAUAAUCGACAUCAUCGAAUCAGAACCUACAUUCAGUGUGGAUUACGCCGUCGCCUCAUUGGUUGCCGGAGUUGACCAGGCUGUUGAAGAAGCCGGUGGAAGAGUGGUCGCUAAAGACGUCAACAAUGGACCAAUUGAACAAAACUUCCACUUGGCAGUUGCCUCAAAUACAGCUUAUAACGAAACAGCCCUGGCCAAUCUCGCUGCCAGCGUCAAAGUCGGUGGUUUUGUGCUUACCAUCGAAGAUUCAGCCCAAGUCAAAGAAAACAUUGCCAACAAAGUCGGACUCGAUCAAAUUUUCAAAUUGGCUGCCGAAGGCAAAACAGCUUAUUUGUUCAGAAAAGUGGGACAAUAUGUUGCUCCAUCACAAGUCAUCAAGGUAACUGUAGACAACUACAACUGGGUAGAAGAAGUCAAGACUGCUUUGGCAGAUUCCGAACGUGAAGCUAAAAAAGUGCUGAUUGUUUCCGAAGGAGACGACACCAACGGUAUCUUGGGAUUGGUCAAUUGCUUAACCAAAGAACCAGGCGGUGUCAAUUUAAGAGCAUUGUUCAUUCAAGGCAGCGGUUCACCCAAAUACGCACCAAGUGUAGCGCAAUACUCAGCUCAAUUGAGCAAAGAUCUAGUACACAAUGUGUACAAAAACGGAGUAUUCGGAACAUACAGACAUCUUCCUUUGGAAAAUCUUACUGAGAAAUCGUUAUUGAAAGUUGAACAUGCGUACAUCAAUACUUUGGUCAGAGGUGAUUUAGCCAGUCUUCGCUGGAUCGAAGGACCAUUGAAAUAUUACCAACCAGAAAACUUCCCAGAAAGUGAAUUAUGCACAGUGUAUUACGCGCCAUUGAAUUUCAGAGAUAUCAUGUUGGCUUCUGGAAAAUUACCACCAGAUGCUUUGCCAGGCGAUUUAGCAGGCCAGGACUGUAUUUUAGGUUUAGAAUUUUCGGGACGUGACACCAAAGGACGACGAGUAAUGGGUAUGGUAGCUGCGCGCAGUUUGGCCACCACAGUAUUAGCUGAUCCUGGUUUCCUGUGGGAAGUUCCAGAAAAAUGGACUUUAGAACAAGCAUCCUCCAUUCCAGUAGUAUAUGGAACUGCUUACUACGCUUUAGUCGUGAGAGGUCACAUGAAACCGGGUGAAUCGUUAUUGGUUCACGCUGGUACUGGAGGAGUAGGACAAGCAGCCAUUUCGAUCGCUUUGCAUAUGGGAUGUACCGUAUACACCACAGUUGGAAGUCAAGAAAAACGUGACUAUCUGAAAAAAACCUUCCCCAAGUUAACCGACGAUAAUAUUGCCAAUUCUCGUGACACCACAUUCGAACAACAUGUUCUAACACAAACCAAAGGCAAGGGUGUUGACUUAGUGUUGAACUCGUUGGCUGAAGACAAACUCCAAGCCUCAGUCAGAUGCUUAGCAAAACACGGUCGCUUCUUGGAAAUCGGAAAACUUGAUUUAUCCAAUAACUCUCCUCUUGGAAUGUCCGUAUUCUUGAAGAACACCACGUUCCACGGUAUUCUGUUGGAUUCGCUGUUCGAUGCCAGCUCUGACAAUGCCGAUAAACAAGCUGUAGUUAAACUGUUGACUGAAGGAAUAGAUAAUGGUGCCGUUAGACCGUUAAAUACCACCGUAUUUGCAGAAAAACAAGUCGAACAAGCUUUCAGAUACAUGGCCACAGGAAAACACAUUGGUAAAGUUGUACUCAAAGUAAAAGAAGAAGAAUCGCAAAAGGUCAUCAAACCAGCAGCCAAAUACGUCGAUGCUAUUCCACGUACCUACAUGCAUCCCGACAAAUCGUACAUAUUAGUCGGUGGUCUGGGAGGUUUCGGUCUGGAAUUGGCCAAUUGGUUGGUAUUACGAGGAGCCAAGAAAAUCGUGCUGACAUCUCGUAGCGGUAUCAAGACCGGUUACCAAGCUCUGUGUGUCAGAAGGUGGCAACAAGCUGGCACUCAAGUUUUCGUCUCGACUGCUGACUGUGUGACCAUCGCCGGAACCGAGCAAUUGCUGAAAGAAGCCAACUCUUUGGGCCCUGUUGGCGGUAUUUUCAAUUUGGCAGCGGUAUUACGUGACGCUUUCAUCGAAAAUUUGACAGCCGACGAUUUCACCAUCGUCAGCAAACCGAAAGUCAUCGGAACCAAGAACUUGGACGUGGUUUCUCGCAAAGCAUGCCCACAUCUCGAUUACUUCGUCGUGUUCUCUUCAGUAUCUUGCGGUCGUGGUAACGCCGGACAAUCGAAUUACGGAUUUGCCAACUCGGUGAUGGAAAGAAUUUGCGAAGCUAGACAGGCUGCUGGUCUGCCAGGAAGCGCCAUUCAAUGGGGAGCCAUCGGAGAUGUCGGUUUGAUUUUGGAAACGAUGGGUGGUAACGAUACAGUCGUCGGUGGUACCUUGCCGCAGAGAAUGCCGUCCUGUUUGAACACCAUCGAUAACUUCCUCCAACAACCUGAUCCGGUUCUAGCCUCGCUGGUUUUGGCUGAGAAACGUAAAGCUGGUGGCGAAACUAGUUCCGUCAGCGUUGUAGAUGCUGUCGCCAAUAUUUUGGGUAUCAAGGACACGAAAAACAUGAGCACAACCGCCACAUUAGCCGAAUUAGGUAUGGACUCUCUGAUGGGAGCUGAAAUCAAACAAACCCUAGAAAGAAACUUCGAUAUGGUAUUAAGCGUAGGAGAAAUCAGAAACUUGACCAUGGGCAAAUUGGUAGAAUUACAAGGUGGUGGCGCCGCUGCAGCAGCACCUGCCGCUGCAGCCGCAGGAGUCGCAAAUGGUCACACCGGCUCGGAGGACCAACAGGUAUCAAACGAUUCCGACGAACGAAGGAAAAAUGAUGUUUUGGUUCAAUUCACGGAUGCAGUAUCAUUGAUGCCAACUGAAGUAAUAACAAGACUACCAUCGGAAGCUGAUGAUAAAACCUCGUCUCAAGUACCCAAUGUAUUCUUUGUACAUCCCAUCGAAGGUCUGACGACCGCUUUGAAACCAUUGGCCAGCACCUUACCCUUCAAAAUUUACGGAAUCGAAUGCGUCGAAGAAGCUCCACUCGACUCGAUACCAUCUUUAGCCAAAUUUUACAUUCAGAAUGUGCAGAAAAUCCAAAGCAAAGGACCCUACAACUUGGUCGGAUACUCUUACGGUGGCGCUGUAGCUUGCGAAAUGACCCUUCAACUAGAAAAAUACGGUGAAAAAGUGAAUCUGAUCUGUUUAGACGGUUCUCCAGCUUACAUUUCCGAACAUACCGGAGCGUACAAAAAUAGGAAAAACGUCACCGUCGACCAAUACGAAUCGGCCGUCGGCGCGUACUUACGAUUUAUCGCCUUGUUCGUCGAAAUUGAUUAUAAUCAGUUGGAAAAAGAAUUCAUGGCGUUGAAUUCGGAAGAAAAAUUGCAAGCCAGAUUUUUAGAAGUAUUGAAAGGCAAAACUCCAUACAGUCCACAAGAAUUGUCUUCGGCCGUCAAGUCAUUCUAUAGUAAACUGAUCAUCGGCGAUAAAUACAAACCCGAAGGUAAACUGAAGGCUGACACCAUCUUAGUCAGAGCUACCGAUAAUUGGGUAACUUUGGAUCAAGACUACGGAUUAAAUCAGAUCGUACAAAAACCCGUGAAAAUCAUCAGUGUCCAAGGCAACCAUCGCGGAAUCCUGUUGGGCGAAUCUGCGAAAAAAGUCUCCGAUAUCAUCCGAUCGGCCGUCGAAGAAGGCUCCAAGUAAUUUGUUAAGCGUCGCGCACAAGCACGCACAAAAAAGUGAACCGAAAAACGCGUAUUUCCCCAAACGGUGAUUCUUCGAUACUUUCCUAUGUGAUACUUUCUAUGUCGUAAGUGUGUAGUUUGUAACUUUGUACUGUAUAGUGUGUACUACGUAGUGUACUACAGCCUAUGUAAUAAUUGUAUGUACCUAUCUCUUACCUACCUAGUAACUUGUAUAAUUGUUGUUUGUUAAGAUAUUAAGCUAAAUAUAGCCUACCAUUGUCUUUA